UUUAUUUGAAAUAUUUAUUGACGUUGCGUACUCGAUAACAUUCGUAUAUUAUCGAAUAUUUAUUUGAAUAUCUGGCAACGCUGCAUGCUGCAUGCCCGCUGCGUCCAAAUUUUUUUUGGCGUCACUGAGAAAAUCGCUGAUUGAUGCAAUAUAAAUCAUGAAAGUGCUGACAGUUCAAUAACUGGAAGGAUUUCAGUGAUGGAGGCCGCCAGUCCCAACAUUUAUUUGCGGUGUCUCACAGUCCCACGCACCACUCAGGAACUCUUGGAGUCACCGUUGCACGCGAAGCAACUGCCGAAUUCCACAUCCAAGAAAAGGCAGCUAACGAGACAUCUUCCUGCUCCAACAAUAAAUAUAACAAAAUGCGCCAAUUUAAUGGGCCCAAUAUCCAAGACCCUUUAUUCGGAACCUCGACGCACAAGGGAACUGUUGCAGUCGCCUUUACACACAAACGUUCGUUCGGCAUCCGCCUCCAAGUGUCCCGGGACAUCUGUGUCGAAAUCAAAUGAGUUUCUUAUGCCUCACAGGGAAAAUGGUCGCCUACCGAGGCGUAGGUUGGACUUCAACAAAGAUGCCAUGAUGAAAAUGGAGGCGCGCUUUUUGGCCUAUAUCGAGCAAAUAGCUGCAUUUAAUUCGAUCUCAAAGCGGGGCAUUCUAAAAAUGAACGUGAACGAGCUUGUGCGCAUUCUCAGCCAUUUGCUGGCGUUUACUGGCGUGCGGCUGCAGCCAUUGGGUAAGGAAAAUUACAUUGAGCAGACGAUAAAAGCGAUGCAGCUGCUAAAAUAUCCACACAAAAUAAACAAAUCUUGUUUAUUGGUGCCCAGCGCUUCUGCGCACCAUUUGAUGCUGAUAUUGGACUUUCUUUUGGACCUUGCACCGACGGGGAACGAAGUUUUUAUAUGCGAUUUUGAUUUUCGUAAGAGCACACAUAGUACAAGCGUUACUUUGGAUGAAUUAUCCAGCGUCAAGGACAUCGUUACUCUGCAGCAGGAUCUACAGAGUACGGAAAUGGAACUGGCCGAACAGGCACAACUGACUAAUUCAAUAGAGCAACAGCUACGCCUCGUGCUCGAGGAAGAAGCCGACCUGCAGAGUCAGCUUAAUUUACAACAGCAACAGCUUUAUGCGUUGAGCAAGGAGUCUGCACAGCUUGAUCAGAGAAUGGGUUGCAUGUGCAUCGAAAUAUGGCGAAAAAACAAUUCCAAAAAAGAAUUACAAAACUGCUUGUCUCAACAAAAUAGCAGCUACCAAGCGUACGCCCAGAUAUUAGAUGUUUGCAACAAUUCACUGCGAGAGCAUUGUACUCAACUUGAGGAGCAUGCGGAGUGGACGCGCAAGCAUCUUAAAAAUAAUAUUGAGGCUUUCAAUGCAGUCAUGCGUAUUUUGUGCUUACAUAAUCCUCGGGGAGAUGACAUGCAGAGCUCGCUGGAACUUCCUCUGGCACCGACCCUGACUCAAAUACAAGAGCGUCGACGCAAACUUAAAGAGCUACAACGGAAUUAAAAGCGCAGGUCGCAAGAGAACCCAUAUCGGAUAAAUAAGUAAUAAUGUAUCCAAAGCCAAGUUGACUUUAGUUCGCUUUGUUCUUCUCGAUGUUUGCAGUUCAGUCUAAUAAUGAAGGAACCGCUAACUUAACUUAGUGACUGGCUUAAGGGAGAUAACUUCGGCAACUUAAACUUAAACAGCUACCGAAUUGAAAGCACAGCUCACAUGAGAUCCCCUAUCGGAUAAGUAGGUAAUAAUAUGUCCAUACUUGAUAAUGUAUCCAUAUAUUCGUUUCUUUACCUUUGUUAUAAAUAAUUUAUAUUUAUAUAAUUUUUGAUUAAUUAUUACAAUUUAAUAACUCGUGUAGGCACUUCAAAUGUGAGUUUUAAAUUUACAUUAAAA